AUGUUUGAAAAAUUGGUCAAGGAUUAUGCCAUAAGUGUAAAUGUUAUAUGCGUACCAACAACAAAAAAUAUCGCAGAUGAACUCACACGAGUGCCAACAAAAUGGAUAAAAAACAAAGUUGCAACGCAAGAAUGUAAUAUCAUCUAUAAGCACGAUCAUCAGCAGAUUAAAAAAGUUCACUCAAUAGCACACAUGGGAGUUUCCAAGAGUAUGAAGUUAUUUUCGCCUGCUGGUAUCCACGUUAGCAGAGAUACAGUGAAACAAAUUGUAGCUGAAUGUGAUGAAUGCAAUUCAAUUGGUCCUAAUGUGAUUUCGUGGGAUAAAGGAAAUCUUGCUGUCAGCAAAGUGUGGGAAAGAGUAGCCUGCGAGGUUACUCACGUUGAUUCAUUGCUGUAUCUUACCUGUAUUGAUUGUGGCCCAAGCAGAUACACGUUGUUGACACAAUUAAGCGACGAAAGUGUAACAAUGGUUGUUCAAUCGUUAGAAACAAUAUGGUCAUCGCUUGGACCUCCUUCCGAAAUUCUCCUAGAUAAUUCUAAGUCGUUUAGAUCUCAGACUAUGCAGGCUAUGGCGUUGAAGUGGGAAAUAAUAAUUAUUUAUCGAGCUGUUGAAAAACCAUCGGGAAAUGGAAUUGUUGAAAGAGUUCAUCGGACAGUAAAAAGAAUAAAUGCAAGAGCGAAAUGUGGAAUACCCAUGUCUGUCUUCUUAAUCAACAACGUACCAUCAAAACAUGGCACACCUUUCGAAAUCUUUUGCCAUCAAUACAAACGCGUCCGAAUUCCUGGAAUCAACAAAGUCAACACAAAAGUCUCAGAAUAA